AUGGUGCAUCCUCAGGAAGUCGACGUUAUCGUAGCUGGGGGCGGUCCAGCAGGAUGUGUUAUGGCCGGAAGAUUGGCCUAUGCGGACCCCAACUUGAAGGUUAUGCUGAUCGAAGGUGGUGCGAACAACCGUGACGACCCCUGGGUCUACAGGCCGGGGAUCUAUGUCCGUAACAUGCAACGGGACGGGAUCAACGAAAAGGCUACGUUUUAUACCGACAGCAUGGAGUCUUCCUACAUGCGUGGCAGGAAGAGUAUUGUACCAUGCGCAAACAUUCUUGGUGGUGGUAGCAGCAUCAACUUCCAGAUGUACACUAGGGCAUCCGUUUCUGAUUGGGAUGACUUCAAGAUGGAGGGCUGGACUGGCCAGGAUCUCAUGCCACUCAUGAAGCGUCUCGAAAACUACCAGAAGCCGACAAACAACGAUACUCACGGUUACGACGGUCCCAUUGCUAUCAGCAACGGCGGACAGAUCAACCCGCUGGCUCAGGACUUCCUCAGAGCCUCUCACGCUAUCGGCAUUCCUUUUAGCGACGAUAUCCAAGACUGUACCACGUCCCACGGUGCUGAAAUCUGGGCCAAGUAUAUCAACCGCGAGACAGGCCGUCGCAGCGAUGCCGCCACUGCCUACGUGCACAGCGUCAUGGAUGUCCAGAACAACCUGUACCUCCGUACCAAUGCCCGUGUUUCUCGCGUCAUCUUCGAAGGCAACAAGGCCGUCGGUGUUGCCUAUGUUCCAUCGCGCAACCGCGCAAACAACGGGCAGGUCCAAGAGACCAUUGUGAGGGCACGCAAGUGCGUCGUGCUGAGCUCAGGCACCCUCGGGACUCCUCAAAUUCUCGAGCGCUCUGGCGUUGGCUCCGGCGAUCUCCUUCGGCAACUUGAUAUAAAGGUUGUCAGUGACCUCCCAGGGGUUGGCGAACAAUAUCAGGAUCAUUAUACCACGCUGUCUAUCUUCCGCGUAUCAAAUGAGAGCUCGACGACUGACGCAUUUCUUCGUGGAGACCCGGCUGCUCAGAAAGAGCUGUUCACGGAAUGGGAAACCAGCCCUGAGAAGGCACGCCUGUCGUCCAACUCGAUUGACGCUGGGUUUAAGAUCCGUCCCACUGAAGAGGAGUUGAAGGAGAUGGGCCCUGAGUUCAAACAACUUUGGGACACCUAUUUCAAGGACAAGCCCGACAAGCCUGUUAUGUUUGGCUCCAUUGUCAACGGAGCGUACGCGGACCACGCUCUGUUGCCCCCCGGAAAGUAUAUCACCAUGUUCCAGUACCUCGAAUACCCCGCAAGCCGUGGCAAGAUUCACAUCAAGUCUACCAAUCCUUACGUCGAGCCCUUCUUUGACAGUGGCUUCAUGAACAACAAGGCCGACUUCGCCCCGAUCAGGUGGAGCUACAAGAAGACCAGAGAAGUGGCUAGGAGGAUGGACGCCUUCCGUGGCGAGCUGACUUCGCACCAUCCCCACUUCCACCCUGCCUCUCCGGCCGCGUGUAGGGACAUCGACAUCCAGACGGCGAAGCAGAUGAUGCCAGAUGGUCUGACUGUUGGUAUCCACAUGGGAACUUGGCACAGGCCCUCGGAACCCUACGACGCCAGCAAGGUUCACGAUGACAUCAAGUACACGAAGGAGGACGACGCCGCCAUCGAUGACUGGAUUGCCGAUCACGUUGAAACAACCUGGCACAGUCUGGGAACUUGCGCGAUGAAGCCUCGUGAGCAGGGCGGUGUUGUCGACAAGAGAUUAAACGUCUACGGCACUGAGAACCUCAAGUGUGUUGACCUUAGUAUCUGCCCUGACAACCUCGGGACCAACACCUACUCCUCUGCCCUGCUCGUGGGUGAGAAGGGAGCAGACUUGCUUUGCGAGGAACUUGGCAUCAAAGUCAGGACGCCGCACGCCCCUGUUCCUCAUGCACCCGCCCCGCGAGGUGUUGCGGCUACUCAGGUUCGGUAAAGUAGGGCGUGGAAGCACACAGAGGAACGCCAACAGAAAAAGUUGCCGUUUGCGCCUUGUACUAUGUACCCUGUUGUAAAGCAUCGUGAUGUAUUUUUGUGUAAGCUCGCCGCGAUUUGUGUACCUAAAUGUAUGAUAGCGUAUUGCAAUCAAACUUUCUC